GUUCACGCAAAACUUCCAAAAUGUUUAUAACAAAAUAUAUUUCAACAACUUGAAAAUAUUUUUAUACAAAAAAUAUGGUCAUUCAACAAAGAGCAAUCGUUGGCAACCUGAAGAAAUUUCCUUCGGGAAUUCAACAACUUUUUGCCCUUGGUAGCAACUUUCAUUCUUGUCCACAGACAAAUGGUCUAUUUCGUCCCUUUGAUUGCAUGGACAAUAUCAAUGGAGACCAAGACAGAAGUGACAGGAGCAAUGCCAAAGGUGAAAUUAAAACCCGACCGCUCAGUCAGACAUAUCCACAGUGGAAAGUUAUGUGUGAUGUUCAGAAACUACACAGUUUACAUAAAAGAAAACGGUUUAAGGGUCGUAUACUGUAUAUUUUACCCUUGGGAACUGUAGAUGAGAAAGAAACAGUUGAUAGUCUUAUAAAUGAAUAUAAUCAAGAAAAUGGACCACCUAACAACUGUUCGAACUUCCUUCAUGUUGUCAUGAAGUUUAUGUCUUUAUUCUUUUAUGGCAUGGAGGUUAAGCUUUUACCAUUUCAAGAUAUCAACAGCCUUGGUUUUACAAUGAGAGUUCAUGGUAGGACUAACAGGAACCAGGUCUUAGUUACUGGUAUGUAUACAGUGUGGCCAUAAUUGAGGUAACCAUAUUAAUGCACCUAUCAAUGUUUUCUUUUUGGGGGGGGGGGGGUGCGGGCAGCCCAGGGGAAUUUUGACAUUUUUUAAAUUUUGCAGUCAAAAUUCCCACUGUUGGGCAAGGAACGGCUGUCAAAAUUCCCCAUUCUAGGCCUAAGAUAACAAGGCACACAUAUGUUUUCCAACACGAACAUACAGUCUAUACUGGUUUAAACUUGACAAAAAUUGAGACACUGUGUAUAAAUACCUUUUUCGAUGAAACUUGAUCUUGCUUCUCCGCCAUAACUUGUUACCAGGCCAUUUAAUGUCAAAACCGCACAAACUUUCAAGAUGGCAGAUGUCAAAAUUUCCCAACUCUGGGAGUUGAUGUGUGGUCAAAUUCCCCUCACUGGGGCUUUACUAACAGGGCUGCAAAUUACUGUCGGACAUCGGACAAUGUCCGACUAAAUUUGGCAAAUGUCCGAGCAAAAGUAAUUUUGAUCGGACAUUGGUCCGAUCGCAAAAAAAAAUUGUCACAUACAUUUUUUGCUGUGACAAAAUCCGAUUGCAAAUUCACUCAAUUUGCAUUUUGCAAUGAGGCAUUCUAGCACUUUACUUAACGUUGCGCCGGAAUGGCUAUACAUACUUGUCUCGUGACUUAUAUAUAUCUUGUGACGUAUACAGUAUAUGUCCGACCAAAUUUAGUGAUGUUGGUUUUUGUCCGACCAAAUUCAAGUUAUGUCCGACAAAAAUUAAAAGUGAUCGGACAAAUGUCCUGUCAAGUCAAAUAUUUAUUUGCAGCCCUGAUAGUGUAGUCUAAGUCCCCUGGGUUGCCCGCACCUCCCCCCCCCCCUAAGGGGGAAAACGUUAAUAGGUGCAUAACAUGGUGGCCAGGGCCUACCAGAGGGGGCCCCCAGUUAAAAGGGGGGCGCAAAAUUUGCAAAAGGGGGGGCCCAAAAGGUGAAAUUAAAAAAAAUAUUUGGAACAUUUUUUAUAUAUUUAAGUAAUGUUAAUGGUAUUCUUAGACCUUAAUUAUACUGGUAUUGAUCGGAAAAAGUGUGUUUUACCUGUGAUUUUACAGGUAUUUGUCUGGAAAAAUUUUUUGAACACCUUUUUUUUGGAAGCAUUAAAAACAGCUAUAUAACCAAGGUUGCAUGACUGCCAUUCUCAUCCUCAUUUAUCAAAUUGUCCCAGCAAGCCAGGUGUCUGCCACAGAAUAGCCUGGCCCCAACAUUCUUAUUAAUUUAACCUUAUGACAUCAUAAGUUCUGAUCACAAGAAUUUCCUCACACCUACACUUUCCCACCGACUGUGUAAUCCAAAUAUCAUUCUUCACCUUUACAAUUUUGCUGAUUUCACAAUUUUCUGACUGGCUUGCAGUUAUAUGGUUUGCUCCACACACUACAGCCCUGCCUUCCAUGCUCUGCCUUCCAUGCUCUGCCUUCCAUGCUCUCUUAGUGAAUCCAUUCUAUCAUCCUUUCUAGUCAAUGACAAUGUCUACACCAUUUAAUUCUUGCUUUUUAAUUUUAAGAUGUACUCGUAGUGAUAUUUCCUAGCUGUAACCAUGACAUUGUACCAUUCUCAUUUUUGUCAUCCUUCCUUAGUGUCCACAUUUCAGCUCCAUGCAUGCAGUAUAACAUCACUUGCCUUGCUUAUACCAGUAUGGUACAUUUUCAAUCUAAUGUUCAUAUUUUUGUCACAUAACACUGCUCACAUCUUUCAGUUUCUUCUAUUACAUCUUUCAAUUUCGUCCAUGACAUCUUCUGUUUUUUCUUUCCUGACAACCUGAAUCCCUGCUAAGUGCUCCAGUUUUCAACUUGUUUAAGCUGCAGCUUACCUGAUGCCUGUGUGCCGCUGUAGUAUAAUCAAGAAUUCCGUCCUCUUUAAUUGUUAUGAUCAUGAACCGAAUAUCAACCGAUCUCACUUGGUUUUCUACAAAUAUUUCCUAUAUUUAUUGCCGAAUUAUGUAAUAUAUUACAGUACCAAUUAUUGCCACUUUCCAAUUAAGAUAUCCUUGAUUACCUGAACAAAGUCAGACCUAAUGAUUCAUUCUGUACAAUUGGUUGGUCCUCGUUAGACUUGUAUCCUUGCUCAGAAUUAAAUUUUGUUCUGGGUGAAGCCAGUUUUGAUACUGGAUGUGCUGUCAUUAGCUUUGGUCAUUACGCUGACAUUGCUACAAAAGAAGGUGUUGGAAAGAAUUCUGAAACUGUAGUACAUGAUGAUUUACGAAACCUAAGUGGGACAUCAUGUACAAGUGUCGCUUCUUGUUUAUCAAGUGAUCAACACGAUGAAUAUCCACGUUGGGACUGCACAAAUCUUGAUGAUAAAGUUGUCUGGAGAGUACUCAAGGUAUGACAUUUUAUUAUCUGCAGCAAAACUUGUGUUUAGCAUACAUUACGUCCACCACGAGCUCACCGUAGUGGUCAUGUAAUUGGCUAACCUAUAUGUUUACAUUCGUUACCUACCAUUUUUGAAGAACCGGCACCGGCCCUACGUUACCUACAUUUUUGAAUAACUCACCCGCCCUACGUUAAUUAAGCAUUUAGUAAAUUAUAUAUUUAAUUUAUAUAUUCGAAUGCCACGGAACAUGUCGUGUUUGGUUUUAGUUUGAAAUGUUUGCCACGACCAGCAUAUUGUGUGUACGCCAUUUGACACUCAUUGACAAUAGUCAAUACACCGCUGCGGCAAUAAAACAUAAUACAACAAUAGAUAAUCAUUAAACGUUCAGGUACAACUGACCAUACACAUUGUAUGAAGGCUGUAUACUGUAAAUGAUUUCAGUAAAAUAUUUUAUUGAAUUUAUAGGUGCUGACUCACGAAGUUUGCCAUCUAGUGGGAAUGCAUCACUGUACGUUUUUUUCUUGUCUAAUGAACGAAAGUAGUAAUGUCUCUCAAGCUCAAAAUCAACCACUGUUUCUUUGUCCAGUAUGUUUGAGAAAACUACACAAGUUUCUGCAGUUUGCAAUUGUGUCAAGAUACAAAAUGCUGAAAGAUUUUCUGGAACUGCAUUGUACUAUUUUUGCAACACGACAAUUGUCAGUUUCUUGUAAUAACCAAACAGAUACAACUGACUGUAUCGAUCAUUCUAAACACAUCAAUGGGCUGGCUGCAGUACCCGAAGACAAGACAUAUGAUACAUAUACCUUUCAGAAAUUUAGAAUUUCCUCAAAUUGGCUUGACAGAGUUUUGAUAUUUAUCGGUAAUGCAUAAAAUGUUGAAUUUUUGUAUUUCACAAUAUAUACAUGUCCUAAUAGCCAGUCGCACAUACUACGAUUUUAGUUGGCCGAUAUAUGGUUUAGAUUCAUGUUAAAACCAGAAACAACCAAUAAUACAGCUAGUAUAUGAUCUCAUCAACUGGGCUUCUCUGUUUUGGUUUCAUGCAAUAUAUCAUGCACCUAUAAUCCAUAAAUCGUUCGUGUAAAAUCGUAGGCGUGCGCCCGACUUUUAGCAAACAAAAAUAUAAAAUAAUCUAGCCCUAACUUGAGGCUGAGAACAAUUGCGUGAAAUUGUUUUUUAUACGUAUACACAACCUAUAUAUUCCCAUGACCCAUGUGUACUGUAGGUGUUGCUGACGACAAGGCCAAGGGGUCGGUUUUCCAAAAGGUUAACCCUGCAGGGUUAUUAAUUAACGUGAAAUUCAAAGC